GCACCUGGGGCUCGACGACACCAGGAUGAGACCGCCUCUUUAUCCUGAGGUCCAGGAGCCGCCCCUCCAGUGACGUCAUCACAACCCCAGGAGUCCACUUCUAUGUGACGUCAUCAAACCCACUCCGCUUAGUGGCGUCACAGUACCUGUAGCCCCACCCCCUCGCUUUCUCCCUCGGCUCCUCCCUCCGCUCCCGUCAAGGUGCGGGGACAUUGCGAUGAGGAGGGAGCGAGGGCCUAAGCCCGCCCUUGGUGGAGCUGGCGAGGCGGAACUAGGUGGGAUGGCAGCCUCUCCCACAGGCCACCCCAGACAGCUCCAGCGCCACCUCCUGAGCGGCGAGUUUGACCAGUUGCGGGACUUCCCCAUCUUUGAGAGUAACUUUGUGCAGUUCCACCUCCACAUCCAUCCUGCCCCUACCUCUGACCUCUGACCCCAGGUGACUCGGUUGGGAGAAGUUGCCAACAAGGUCACCAUGGGGUUGGCAGCCUCCAGUCCAGCCCUGGAGCUCCCAGACCUCUUGCUGCUGGCCGGCCCUGCCAAGGAGAAUGGACACCUGCAACUCUUCGGGCUCUUCCCUUUGCAGUUUGUCCAGCUCUUCGUCCACAAUGAAAGCCGCCGGCAGCUCAAGGUCAAGCUGAGCAACCACCGAGCCUUCUACUUACAGCUGCAAGCCCCACCCGAGACCCGAGACCGAGAGUUCGGCCAGUGGGUGCGGCUGCUCUACCGCCUGCGCUUCCAGUCAGCUCCUGCCGUGCCCUUCACACAGGAGUACCAGGAGCUGCAGGAUGAAGAUGGGGAGGGCAAUGAGGAUGAAGAGGAGGCCCAGCUGGAGUGGGAGGAGCUCCAAGCCCCAGAAGCCAGACUUGAGCCCCAGACCUCUGAACUCUGGGGCCUCUGAGUCUCCCAACAUCCUUCAAGGUCACCGAAGGGCCAGAGAUCGAAGGACAUGGCCUCAGGACCGGGCAGAUGAGAUAUUCAAGUUAAUAAAGAUCCGCUCCUUGAGAACCAACAAGC